AUGGCUAAAUUACCACUGGAUCCAGCAGUUUCACUAACAGAGACUGAGCUGAGAAUAAAAGGAAUCAUGGACAAACUAGACCAGCUGAUCCCACCCAGACCUUUCACCCACAUGAACCCCACCACCAGUGCUGCACCCAGCACAGCUGCCCUCUCCCCCCGCAGCCCAGACGCCUACUAGGGGGUUCAGCUAGACAUCCUGCUGGAGGGGAGGGACCACUUGGGAUGCAGGAACGAAUAUGGCGGGGAUCUCCUGAGGGUCAGGAUGUCCUCCCCAGCCCCGAAGGCAGGUGCUUCAGGAAAGGUGACAAACUUCAACAGUGGCAGCUACCUUGUCAGCAUCACUUUGUCCUGGGAAGUGGGUCUGUCUCUCCUGCUCAUCCACCCCAGUGAAGGAAUAAGAGCUCUCUGGUGGGCAAGGAACCAAGACUAUGACAGGGUGAUAUUCACAGGCCAGUUUGACAAUAAUACCUCCUGGGUCCUCUCUGAGUGUGGUCUGACCCUAAACUCAAGUGCUGAACUUUGCAAAUACCUGGACUAUUGAGACCAAGAAGCCUUCUACUGCAUGAGGCCUCCAUAUGUUCCCCGCAAGGCCCUGACCCACAGGACCACCAGCAAUGGAAACAUUUCCUAUCUUAGGAAAGAAGAACGAAGUCUUUUCCACAGGCAAACAGGUCUUCACAUACAAUAA